AAGUUAAAUAUAAAUGUAAACUACGAGACACCGGUUCACCACCGAACUACUCGACCCGGGGAAGGACUCGUGUCACAAUUGUUCUCUCCAUCUUCCUGCAUUUAAGGGCACAAGACAAGCUGUGUAAAUUCAGAACACACCAAUUUUCCCCAAAACUAAUUCACUUUUGCAGUUGUGCUACAAAAUUGAAAAUGGAGAAACAAGUUUUGGACCAUGUGUUGGUACCAGUAGGCCUCCUCUUUAUGCUUGCUUAUCACUUAUGGCUUCUUCAUCGCAUCCUUAAACACCCUUCCCAUACCGUCAUCGGCAUCAAUUCAAUCAAUCGUCAAUUCUGGAUUCGCGCUAUGAUGGAGGACCCGUCUAAAAAUGGAGUUCUAGCGGUACAGACUUUAAGGAACAAUAUAAUGGCUUCAACGCUUUUAGCGUCUACAGCGAUUAUGCUCAGUUCACUCAUCGGCGUUUUAAUGAGCAGUGGAAGCAGGGGCGGCGGAUCUAUAAGUAGUCAUAUUUAUGGAAACAGGACGGAGUUUUGCUUGUCAAUUAAGUUUUUUUCAAUAUUGGUAUGUUUUAUGGUGGCGUUUUUGUUUAAUGUCCAAUCGAUCAGAUAUUACAGUCAUGCUAGCAUACUCAUCAACGUGCCUUACAAGAAAUUGGACUCUUCAAAUUCGAGGCAUUGUGUUACGGCGGAGUAUGUAGGGAGGAUAGUGAACAGAGGCAGCUAUUUCUGGUCACUUGGAUUGCGUGCUUUUUACUUUUCAUUUCCACUAUUUUUGUGGAUCUUUGGUCCUAUACCCAUGUUCCUCUCCUGUGUUUUUCUGGUUUUUAUGCUCUAUUUUUUGGAUGUUAGUUCUGAUUUUGGGUGGGUUACACCAACUGAUGAGGAGACUCACCAGCAGACUGCUUAGCGAGUGAGAACAGUUUUGAUUCAAUCUAAGUUGAAUUAAACUGCUUGAUUUCUAAAAGUCAUAAUACAUAAAUAUGCCCUUUUUUAA